CACUUCUGCAUUUCUCACUCUGGUCUUGCAGGUUUUAAGAAAUGGUUUCUUAUAGCAGCAGAGCUGGACUGGCUGCAAGAUCACUCCUCCUCAGGGGCUCAUUUAUCUCUCGCCCUCUCUGAUACCAAUGCUAAGCCAGUAUGGUGUGUGUGAACAAAUAUACAGUUAUACAUUGUUUAACCAGAUGGAGGAAUGUGAACAAUCCCCAGUGGUAGAACUGUAGCCCCAGCAUAUUUUGAGGAUAUUUUGAGGAGUGGCGAGUCCUACAAGGUGUGCGGGUGGAGACGGCACUGUUAAUAGAAGCUGCAGUCUGAUGUGGAAACAGUAUGGACAGUAAAGACGAGUCUAAGAAAAAACAAGAGGCAAAUAAGCCCAAAAGGUCCCCGUUUGAUUUGAUUUUUAAUCAGAUCCAAAAGAAAAAAGUUACCAAAGAAAGCAAUGAAAGUAAUUUCCAAGUGAAGGAAUUCUUUAGAGGAUUUGAGAGAAAUUCUAGCAAAGGACAGAAGAAGAAAGAAGAAGAGGAACUGAAAAAUCAAAGUAAAACUGAUGAUCACAACAAAGAGAAUGGGCAAAAUGAAGUGUUAAACAAAGAGGAAAAGUCAGCCUCAGAUGAAGCUAGAUGGAUCCAGGUCACUGAGUUUAUGCAGAAAUUUGGAAAGAAAGCAGAAUGUUAUAGCAUUAAUCUAAACAACUGCUCCCUGACACAGACUGACUUGAAUGAUCUUGGUGUGCACUUGUCUUUUCUACCUGAUGUUGAAGAAAUUGAUUUAUCUUGGAAUAAUCUGAUUGGUGGAUCAAUAAAACAGCUAACCCCACAUUUCCGUCAUGUUGCCAAAUUAAAAUUAUUGUGCUUAAGCAACUGCAGCCUGAUUGCGGAAGAUGCCAGCGCUUUAGGAGAAGCACUUGAGUACAUUCCUCAUUUAGAAGCACUGGAUUUAUCGUGGAACAGUGACAUAGGAGGCAAUCUUUCUAAAGUCACCCAACACAUCCCAGCAAAAUGUGAGCUGAAGAUGCUGAAUUUGACAGAAUGUGGCCUUGGUGAAACAGAUGGGGAAGCACUAGCCACAGCUAUUCGGAAAAUGCCACACCUGGAAGCACUGGACCUGUCUUUAAACAAACACAUUGGCUCCAUAAUGAACAGUCUUGUUGUGGAACUGAAAAGCUGCUCUUCUAUAAGGGUGUUAAACUUACACGCCACGGGACUACACCAGGACAAUAUCCAAUAUCUGAGUGCUAUAUUUCAGUACUGGCCAAAUUUAAGAGUGCUGGAUCUGUCCAGCAAUAAGGAAGCAGGGGGUGGAUUCCGAGAAGCUGCAGCACGACUCACAGCUUUCAAACACCUAGAGAGGCUGGAUAUUCACCAGUGUUCCCUGUCUCAGGAUGAUGUCAAUGCAUUAACCCAGGUCAUACCUUUGCUGUCCAACCUUGAGGUGCUGGAUAUUUCAUCUAACAAAGCAGUGGGUCUGAGUCCAGAAUAUCUGUUCAGCAGACUGAGAUUUUUGCCAAAGUUGAAAUCUGUUCUUAUCAACAACUGCGGCUUGAAGGAGGAAUCCUUUGCAGCACUAGCUGAAGCUUCCCAUUACCUAUUGGACCUGAAUGUUCUAGACCUUUCUUGGAAUAAGUGUGUGGGAGGAAAGCUGAAGUUGCUUUUAGGUACCCUUAAAACUGCAACAGCUCUGCAAAGGAUGGUGCUGAGUAGCUGCAACCUGGUGACUCAGGAUUUGGCAGUACUAGCAUCAGCAGCACAAGCAGGACACCUGGACAGCUUGAAGCAGCUGGACAUUGCUUACAAUGAUACAGUCCCUGAUGAAGGAUGGAUGCUUUUCUUUGAAAGUGCACAUGUUCUUAAGAACAUUACUGAAUUAGACGUUAGCCUGCCGCCUUCUUCACACCGAAGCUGUGGGCCCUGGUUCAUUCAUUUAUUGUCUAUCUUGGUGAAACUACCCAAACUCAGAGAGCUAGGAAUGCAGCGCUGGUUGCUGACAGCAGCAGAGAAACAGCAGCUCAGCCACAUUAUGACAGAGAAGAACAUCAGCAUUCUUUUUGACUAA